GCACGGCCCAGCCACCUGCCCCGGCUGUUGAUUAAGCUCUGACUCUCUCACCAAGGCCCAGCUGCUGUUUUUUAGGCUCUGAGCUCAGCCCGGGGCUGGAGCUGCUCCGCAGGAGGCUGUGAUGUUCCCCUGUCCCUGUGAUAACAGGGGCGGUCUCUCAGUGCUGGCUCUGGGGCUGUGGCAGCGCUGAUCAAAACUGAUACUGAGUCUUACAGGCGACAGAAAAAAAAAGGGAAAAGCGCGCUUGUGCUGACUUCCCACUUUCCUUUCCUCUUGUCCCUGUGCUACCUUCGGGCUGCAGAGCACCAAGGCUCUCCUGGCCCCCAGCAGCUGGGGUGGGACGGGGUGGUCCUCUGGUGCUGGCAGCAGUGGUGGGCGAUGAUUGUAGUCUCCAUCCCUGCGGCGGAGCCAGAGGUGACGGCGCACGGCCCUGAGAAGGCACAUACGGUGUUCCUGGUGGAGGUGCUGUGCAAUGGCCGGCGGCACGUGGUGGCAAAGCGCUACAGCGAGUUCCAGGCACUGCACAAGCGGAUCAAGAAGAACUGCAAGGUGCCCGACUUCCCCCCGCGGCGCGUCCCCAACUGGGUGCCCAAGGUGCUGGAGCAGCGUCGGCAGGGCCUGGAGCUCUACAUCCAGGGCAUCCUGUGCCACAAUGAGGAGCUACCCCAGGACGUGCUGGACUUCCUGAAGGUGCGGCGCUGCCAGCAGGAGCCCAAGGGCUGCAGCCCUCUUGUCAGCCACUCGCCCUCCCAGCGGCCUGUCCUUGGCUUCUGCACUGAUCCCUAUGUGCAGCCACCAGCCAUGGGUAAGGAGUGGGAUGAGUGGCCCUGCAGCCCCCCUGUUCCCUGUCUCGGUGCUGCUGGCAUUCACAAAGCUGCACUUGUGCUUCUCUCUGCAGAUGCGCUCCCCAGCGCCGUGCUGAGCGGGGUGCUGCAGGGCCUCUAUAGCCCAUGGCAUUGCUUCCCCUGCACGGCUGUGCCUUGGGGGAAGCUGGGUUCCUGAGCACCCCCAUCACCUACAGCAGCGGUGUCGCACCACGGAUCCUGUCAGUAGAACCUUCCACAGGAGGUAGGUGAAGCCCUGCUGGGAGCUGCAUUCUCCAAUACCACGUGCCUUGUUUUGGAGAGCUGAAGCUCUGCCAGCUGCUGCCCUGUAAUGGCACAUUGCUGUAGGAGUCCCUGAAGGCUGAACCCUCACUGGAAACCCCCCCCGGUGUUUGGGCUUUGGAGCAAUAAACCACCGUGGCUGCACUGCA